UGUGAGAUCGUGACCAUGACUGGAAGAGGCGGAAAGGUCGGUGGGAAAGGUCGCGCCAAGGCGAAGUCUCGGUCGUCCCGGGCUGGCCUGCAGUUCCCGGUGGGCCGUGUUCACAGGCUCCUGAGAAAGGGUAACUAUGCUGAGCGUGUGGGUGCCGGAGCGCCGGUCUAUCUGGCUGCGGUGCUGGAGUAUCUGACGGCUGAAAUCCUGGAGCUGGCCGGCAACGCGGCCCGGGACAACAAGAAGACCCGCAUCAUCCCCAGGCACCUGCAGCUGGCCGUGCGCAACGACGAGGAGCUCAACAAGCUGCUGGGAGGGGUGACCAUCGCUCAGGGCGGGGUGCUGCCUAAUAUCCAGGCCGUGCUGCUGCCCAAGAAAACCGGCUCUGCGGCAGCCGCUAAAAAGUGAAGAGAGUAUUCUUGAAUCUACCAACCCAAAGGUUCUUUU